CCUUUGGAACAUGAGUCAUAACUCUCCUCUGGUUUAUACUCUGGAGUGUGUCCUUUAUUAACUGAAGUGUACCAAACACUGUGCCUCAAGCAGAGGGUCUUGGAAAGGCGAAGACUCCGAUUCUCUCAGAGGCUUUUGGCAAGACAAAGACUCCUGCUCUUUCAGAAGGUUUGGAUGAUGAUGUCCCAGUUCUAGCCGUUAAGGCUCUUGUCGCUACUCGCAGUCAAAGGAGCAACAAAAUACCUUGCCACCAAGAGAGUACGAAGAUGACAGCUAAGGGAAUCUUUACCUCCAACAGAUUUGGAUGUUUGGAGUCGUGCGCAAUCAUUGGCUGAUGCCAGCUUGACGAUAAGAUCGGAUUUUGUGUAUAAAAGAAGAUGAACCCUUGUAUCUGUUUCUUAAGUUGAAAAGCAUUAAUAAAAUAAAAGGUGUCUUCUUCAUAUGUCUCUGUGUAACUUUCAUGGUAUCAGAGCCAUGGAAGAAACCACAAACACACUCUCCCCUCCAUCUCUAAGCAUUUCUCAAUGCGUUACUCUAAAGCUGUCCUCCACAAACUACUUUUCGUGGAAGACUCAGUUCGAGUCGUUUCUUUCUAGUCAGUCUUUUCUUGGAUACAUCGACGGCUCAACCCCUCGUCCCCUACCCACUGUGACAACCCAAACCGGUGAACUAGUAACUGAAGCAGCAAAUCCCGAGUUUGCCAAAUGGAUGCGUCGUGAUCAGCUGGUCAUGUCGUGGUUGUUUGGCUCACUCACUAAAGAUGCUUUGAGAGCGCUCAUGGCUGCCUCAAGGCGUUCGUGGUCAUUGUCCCUGAUGCCACCGGUGAUAUUACAAAAAAUCUUUUACAAGACUCCGGCGGAUGCUCUCGUCCGAGCAAAACCGACGUGCAAGGAAUGGUACGCUCUCCUCACAGACGAAACUUUCAUCAACCAACACUUCAACCGCUCCAAAGAACACUUCCUAAGAAUCUUCGAUACGGUCCAAAUCAUGGAUCCAGUGACCAGAACAAGCUCAGUUUCACCAGUCCCGAACGAGCUACUACAACAUCCAUUUAAGAUCGAUACUUUGGUUUACACGCACAUGGUUCAUUGCGAUGGACUCAUGCUGGUUGAGAGUUAUAUGUGGAAGUGCAGAGACGACGGGUCAAGAUUCUCCAACCUCGCGCUUUGGAAUCCUGUUUUGAGAAACCUCAGAUGGAUCGAGCCCUCACGAAGUAUCACGAGCUCUGAUUACCACGGGAUUGGAUACGACAAGAACAAUCGUAACGACGGUUACAAGAUCUUGAGGUUUGCUAGUCGACCUUGGGAGAUUGAGCGUUAUGAAGGUGAUGAACCAGAGGUUGAGAUUUAUGAGUGCAAGACGAGUUCUUGGAGGACUCUUGAUGUCGAGCUUGAUAUGGAUGUAAAUAUCAUGCCUCUCUGUGUGGCUGUGAUGGGUAACAUGUAUUGGACUGCUUAUAGAUAUGGAGAAGAAGAAGGAGAUGAAGAAGAGAUCAUUCGUGGUUUCGAUUUCACGGAUGAAACAUUCAAGGACAUAUGUUUGUGUCCGACCUCUUAUGUUAAUAGUCAUUUAUCUUGUUUCAAUGGAGAUAGCUUGUCUUUGCUACAACAAGACCAAACAUCAAGAAACAUUGAGGUGUGGGUUUCAAGCAAGUUGGGUGGUGGUGAUGGUGAUGUCUCGUUUAGCAAAUACUUCAGUUUGUCCGGUCCUGAUCUUCCGGCGUUACGGGUCCAAGCAAACGCGGCUCGUCCUGUAUACUGCUUCGUGAAGCCUAAUAAGAGUGUGAUCGUAUGGUGCGUGGGAGUUGAAGGAGAAGGUACUGAUAAGGCUUGUACUUGCUGUACACUGUACGAGAUUGAUGAGGAUGGGGUGAAGAGUAAAAAGGUGACAGAACGUGACGACGUGCGUGACUAUUCUCGCGCCUUCCGUUGUGGCUAUGUGUAUGUUCCAAGUAUGAUCCCUCUUCCAUGGGUAAGAGAUUAGAGUUUUUUGUUUCUUGUUCUGUAAGCUUUCGCUUUUGCUCUUUGUUUGUUGAUCUUUUGCCAUGUAUAUCUUGAAAGGAACUAUAUGAUAUUCCUGUGUUUGUGCAGAUGUUACUGAACAUGACGUUAGUUUUGGUUUUUGUA